GUUGAUCACGCAAAGUAUAACGAUACAAAAGUGCGGAUCUUUGCGGGGAACAACUGUAAUUCGACUCGCUGAAUCAGUGUCGGGAUUCCUGUUACAUUCGUAAUAUCGCGCGCCGGACGACGAACUCUGGUAUACAUAUACGAGUAGAUAGAUUUUAGUGGUAUAACGUAUAGAGGUAGGUCGUAUGCCGGCUAGAUUAUUGAUUGAAAUAAAAGUCCGUAUAGAGCGCAAGUCCCGACCGUCCUCAUGAAUGACGGUAGUACAUAUGGAAACGACGGUCCAGCUACGAUAAACACGAGAACAGAAAGAAGAUCUGAACGGAGUGACUGUGUACUGUCGUGACUACCUGGUGCGCCAUCACCAGCCAUCACUAAGCAGUAUGAGGUGUCGACUGUUGCCUGGUACGAUAUUCCUUUUACUGGUGACUCUCACCAUAGGAGAAAUAGAAUAUUAUCCAGACGUGCUACCAGAGUCACCAAAGGAUAUUACAUUGAAACAGGUGGCCAGGUAUCUCGAGGCUCAGAGUCAUCAGCAGCAUUAUUACCCACGUCUACCGACGCAUUUUAAGUCGCGAAAUCAUAAGGAACAUCUGCUCGAAUUACUGCGGGAGAAGGAAAAGAAUAUAUUGGAUGAUCUGACCGAGAAGUCGCAUAUAAUUGACGUUCUUCAAAAUCAAUUGAAGGAACUUGAUUAUCAACAGCAGAUUCAGAAGAAUAAUUUUUUCAAUGACUUAGCACCCAGGAACGAACGUCAACGUGCUUUCUACGAAUUGGAAUCCAUUCCCAGGCAAUUUCCUAACAACUAUGGCAACUUUAGGAUUCCAAUUUUGGAGAAACCAUCUGAAAAUGGACUUAAUUUUGAAAAUACUGAACGGAAUUAUCCUGUUGUCAACGUUCCUAUCGCUCCCGUCUCUCAUAAACAGGAACGUUAUCUUAAUCGUGGAAUGAAAGAGGAACCUUUUUCCAUAUUUCCUGGAAGGCAUGUACAGUUUCAUAAGGACUUAUCUGGGGAUAAUGUUGACGACUCUAUUGUUAAUAGAGAAACAACAGAACCUAUAGUUCAAUUUACUUUUAAGUUUGAUGAUUCUAAUUUGGCUGAUAAGGAUCCGAUUGCUGUGAAACCAAAUGAUCCUCGUUAUUAUCAGGAUAAUCCUUUUUCAACUGUAGUAGAUCGAAGUACAAAUGAUCCCGUCAAAGUGAUAGAAAGUCAUGAGGAAGCCAAUGAGAAUUCGCCGAAAACUAAAGAAUUGGUACCAGAACAAAAUGCUUACGGUAAUAAAUUCCAAGAUAUAAACUCAGGAAUGAUGCCAGAACCACAGAGAAGAGCUGAACAUGACCCUUUAGUAUUACCAGUUGAUCAUCAGAUUAAUAGUGACAUCUUUAUCAUUGCUACCGUAGCGGGAUGCUCAGCUGCUGCGAUGUUUGCUCUCGUUUUAAUCAGCUUAACAUGGUGCAGGCUCAUUCUUCCCAGACUUCAACGAGGUGCUAAAGCGGCAGCUGAUAUUGAAUAUCCAGCAUACGGUGUCACAGGACCAAACAAAGACAUAUCUCCAUCAGGCGACCAGAGGCUGGCCCAAUCUGCGCAGAUGUAUCACUUCCAACAUCAGAAGCAACAAAUAAUAGCCAUGGAAAACCGUACGGCUGCAUCUCGAGAUCCUGGAUCGGUAUCUGAAGCCGAGAGCGAGGAGGAAAAUGAGGAAGGCGAUUACACAGUUUACGAGUGUCCAGGACUUGCACCGCCUGAAGCUGUGUUUACUAUCUAAACUGUUCUUGCUAGAGUCUUCCGUUUAUAUGGGAAAAACUGGUGAGAUGGAGGUGAAGAAUCCACUGUUUCAUGACGACCCGACGCCAGCUACUCCGGCGCAAAAUAAUCAACAGGGGGACCAUUAGAUCUAACUUUGCUGUAACGAUGAUGAUGUGGAUGACGAAGAGGGGAAGUACGACGGUAAUUACGACGAUGGCGACGAAUGCUGAUCCUUAAUUUGGUGAUGCGAUAAAGAUAUGAAUCCAUGGUAUUUAGUUCACUUUCAAUAUGUCAUAUCUUGAGAAGUGUUUAUCGAAUAUACGAAGCAGAACAUACGGAUAGACAAGGAGACACGUACACCUAAAUUAUAUACUAUAUACAUAUAUUUAAUUAUACAAUUUUGCAAUUUAUACAGGACGUUUCACUAUGAUCAAGACAAAAAAGUAUGUCGACGAAUUUCAACGCCAAUCGAAUGGCUUUCUUCCUAAGGAUUUGUCUAAUACAUAAUUCCAUUUUUUUAUCCUCGUAUACAUUCACACUGUACUAAUAUCUGACGUAUAGUACGUGCUACAUUUUAUAUUCUUAAUUUUUUCUUCUCUUUGAAGAAUCACGUCGUCUUUCAUCGUGUAAACCUUGUGAAAAUGGCUUCUUUCUAAAUUACUCUAUGAGACCUGGUUUAGAAUGACAUUUGUUAGCCAGGGUAUAUAUAAGAAUAUAUUAUAUUACAUUUUAUGAUAUAUGUAUAUUAUACAUAAAUCUAUGUUUUUUUAGACUGGUCUAACGAAAUGAAAACAAGAAGUUUGCAGAAAAACUCAGGAGCGAUCCUGAAGGAUCGCUCUUGAUAGAAUUGUGUCAAUUGCAAUCGCUGAAUAACAAUAUUUUCUUAGUGUGGUUUAGAGUUUCAAUUAUUUGUCUAUUCAAGCAUAUUAGAUAUCUGGGCCUCUUCUGCACGUAGUUUGCUUCUUUCGAUUUUUAGUCCUUUGCGCUCCAACAGUUCUACUCGAGAGUCUACCAACAAUACUAACUUAUUUUCGCCUUAUGUUGUGCAUAUUAAAUACAGAAUUUUAACACGCGAAUAUAAUACAGAAAUAAUUAUCGUACAAUCGUUCUAAAACUAUUUUUAUUUUGCCGAAUGUUUACUGUAAAAUCUUAUAAUCUUAAUAUUGGACUUGCUUUUACGAAUUCGAAAAACUGUAAACUGUUAUCCAGUAUAACAAUAUUGGUAGGUAGCAUCGACAAAAAAAUCAGUGUCUGGGAGUCAUCAUUGAAGCGCAAAGGGUUAAUCUUUAUUUUGUCAUCCUUUCUUGCAGCAAGAUGCUCGAUUACUCGAGUAGAUCUCCAACUUCCAGCGAAGUUGCCCAGAAUGAAUGUCGUUCCUACAAAUAGGCACUAAAGUGCGAGAUAUCGUAUGCGAUAAUUCAUCUUAUAAAUUAUCAUGUAAUAUUAUAAUAGAAAAACUUUAUCCAAUAACAGAAUAUGCGUAUCUGUUGUCGAUGAGCUAGAGAAAUUUUAUCAAUGUUGUGUCAUGGUGCUUGGAGUAUUGUACUAUAAAUUUGUUCGGAUCAAUGUCUUGUCUGAUAGUGCAAGCCCAGAAGCAGAUCCUCAUAAAUGUUUUAUAUUAAUAUCAUGAGCACGGAGAUUCAUUUAUUGAAUGUGAAUUGAAAAAGGUGAGUGCAGCGAAUACGAAAAUUGUCAAGAUAGGCUGGAUCAUUUAUGAAUGAUGUUGAUUGAUUCUCGUAACGCUACGCUUUCCUUCGAGAAUAUAAUAAUAUAUAAAAGAAUGGCCAUUAAAUGUAAAACUCUAAGCUUUUCUUCUCAAUUUAUAUAAUAUAACGUGAGUCAUUUGGUUAAUUCUGUUUUGAUAUAUUUUUCUUUUAUUGUUAUGGAAUUUGUAAUCUAAUUUGUAAUUACAUUAUGUCUAAUGUGUGUGUCUUUUGGAUAAGACAUACGGAACAGCCUGGCGAUAGGGAAAAAUUAAUUAAGUUAAAGUUUGCUCUUCCAUUAAUCAAAAUGCGCUAGUACAUAUACGGAAUGAUAGGAACAUAAUGUACUAUUAUUUUAGUAAAUAAAUCAUUUAUUUUAUAAAUUGGCAUAAUACACUGUCGCCCCACUGAAAGCACAACUACAUUCUUCAAUGCUCUUAAGUAAUGCAACGCGUAUUUAGUCUCAUAAGUUAACAACUUUCAGUAGGGUAAUUUCAUAAAAAUAAUACAUUUAUUAUCCUUGUCCUGAAGCAAUUACUGUGCUACUGUUUCAUAAAGAUGUCUAGAAUCACAUGCACUAGAUUUUCAUAACUGAUACACGUGCAAUGCUUAACUGUAAGCUAUUGGAGGUAUACAGAUGCUUCAUAGAUGCCUGUUGCAUAUCCUAUGAUUGUCU